AUUUUCUUAAUCAUCAACGUUGUCAUAACUUUGGCUAUGCCAACGCAUUACCAGUACCACGGACCACCGGCGCCCAUAGGCCACGAUGGCAGGGUCAUGGACACGCCGGAAGUAGCACAUGCCAAAGCGGCGCAUCUAGCUGCCGUAGCGGAAGCUGUCGCGAGGGUUCCGCAUAGCGUGGCUUCCUACGCGAAAAAUCAGGACUAUCACGGAUAUGCAAACCCCGUAUCAGUUAAUCAUCAAAUGUACCACAGCGGAUACGGAUAUCACGGGUCGCCUGCCCCGUUAGAUCAUGAUGGUCGCGUAAUAGACACGCCGGAAGUGGCCCGAGCAAAAGCCGCGCAUCUGGCGGCUUACAAUCACAUAGCUUCCUCGACACCUGUCGUGUAUGAUCAUUCGCAGAUUUACAAGCCACCGGUUUACAAUCAUGACGGCUAUUAUGACGGCGACUCGUCAAGUCCCCUGUCUCACGAUGACAGAGAAAUUAAUGGUUACAACGAUUACGAAGAUGAUAGCCUGCUUGCACCUUGCGGUUAUACGUCAAUGAAAGGAACGCUCAUUAUCCAUCAUAUUCGCGAUAAUAAACAAGGUUUCAUGGCCGGAGUCACUUUCCACGCAAUUCAUCAAGCAAAAAGUAAUCGACCCUUCGUGCGGCCAACCGCGCCGGGCUUCCUGUUGGAUCAGUCGGGCCCUUGGCGGUUUCUCUUGACGAUGAUGAGGAGCGUGAAAGAGCCGGCUAACGAAGUCGGAAGACUGUACGAGACUGACCUCGGUGAUGCAUCCACAUCUGAGGAGAGGUGUAUCCCUUCCCAGAUUAUUCUAUUCGCAUUCUGCGCCAUCGCGACGGCAACACCGGUCUUGGACACGCCGGAGGUAGCGCAAGCGAAAGCGGCGCAUCUCGCCACUCAGGCUUAUGAGGCCGCGAGGAACACGAUCGGUUAUGGAUGGCCCGGUUAUGGAUGGUCCGGUUACGGAUGGCCCGCCCUUUAUGCACCUGCAAUUGCAUACGGCGCUCCCAUCGGCGCGGAUGGCCGAGUGAUAGACACACCUGAGGUCGCCCAGGCCAAGGCUGCCCAUCUCGCCGCUCACGCCCAAGAGGCUGCCAAGAUCGGACUGGUUCCAUACGGUGCACUAGCAUACGCCACCUCGCCUGCAUUCUAUGCUUACGCUCCACUUGGACCUGAUGGCAGGGUAAUCGACACUCCUGAAGUGGCCCAGGCUAAGGCAGCACAUUUGGCCGCACACGCUGCAGCAGCCCGAAACGCUGUUUAAUAAAUUGUAAAGUAAUCAUUGGAAAUUGCGUAUUGAUAAAAUCAAGCUAUCUCUUCUCAAUUGCGAAAGUACAUGCGGAGACACUUGUGCCAUGAUUAGCCAUGUUUUAUAUGGAUCUGAUGUGAGGAAGUUUUAACAAUAAACAAGCCAUUUUUAAGAA